AUGCGCGCCAGCAUCCCCCAGGCCAAAAUACAAAAGGGCAAGACGGCCGCCCACUGCAUCCAGUCGCUGCUCAUUUUCGUGGCGGGGUGCUUGACCCUCGCCGUCCUCACCAAAGACGGCGACAAUGACGGCCGCACCGCCUACUUCUUCGCUCUCUGCUUCGUCACCGUGCCCGCGCUGCUGUACCUCGUCGCAUUCCCCAUGUGGAGCCGGACAGUGCGGUUCGUGAACGCGUACGCCUUUGCGGUGAUUGAUAUUGUCUACACGGUUAUGUGGUUCGCGGCGUUUGUGGCCGUCGCGACGUGGAAUUCCGAGGGCAUCAAGCAGGGCGCCAAGGACAAGGACCUCGACGAGAGCGACGGCAACUGCACCACCUUUGCCCACGGCCCGGAGAUGAAGUGCAAGCUCAGUGAAGCCACUGUCGGCAUCGGCGUCGUUAUCUGCUUGCUAUUCGUCCUCACCUCGAUCAUCUCCGUUUACUACAUCCGCAAGUACCGCGAGACGGGCCAGAUCCCC